ACGCAAAAUAACCUGGGGCUAGUUUGACCGUCUCACUUCAAGUGAAAUCUGGCAGGACCCGGCUGUGGUUAACUGUAACCUAACGUGAGUUUUAGUGUAAAAAAAAAAAAAAAAAAAAGUGAAUAAAGAAAACCCUCCCUAGGCCAGGAUGUUGAUUUUGGCCACGUCAGGCCAAUUUGGAGCCCGACGAGUUGUGACUGUGACUCGAGGGAGAUUUUUGAGGGAUGGCAGGCGCCCGUUUACCUGUUUGCCAGAAUUACUCCCAAGGACCAGAAACACGGGCCAGUCCCAUUCCUGCUCCUUCUCAAACCACUACAGAUGCUUUAGUGCCACCGCUGCUCAUUGGAAUGCUUCAUCAUCACCUACAGCCAAUCAGAAGACGCCGUCCUACAGUUAUAUCAUUAUUGGGGCAGGGUCAGCGGGCUGUGUCCUUGCCAACCGUCUCAGCGAGGAUUCCCAUGAGUCUGUGCUGCAGCUGGAGGCCGGGCCUAAGGACAUGACGCUAGGCAACUUACGACUCUCAUGGAAGAUCCACAUGCCGGCUGCGCUGACCUACAACCUCUGUGAUGACAAGUAUAACUGGUACUACCACACAUUACCUCAGGCCCACAUGGACAACCGGGUAAUGUACUGGCCAAGGGGCCGUGUCUGGGGUGGGUCCUCUUCACUCAACGCCAUGGUGUACAUUCGUGGACAUGCUGAGGACUACAACCGCUGGCAGAGAGAGGGGGCAGAGGGCUGGGACUACGAUCACUGCCUGCCUUACUUCAGGAAAGCUCAGUGCCAUGAGCUGGGAGAAAACAGGUACCGGGGAGGCAGCGGACCUCUUCAUGUGUCCAGAGGGAAGACCAACCAUCCCCUUCACAAAGCUUUUAUUGAGGCAGGGCAGCAGGCGGGAUACCCCUUCACUGAUGACAUGAACGGACAUCAACAGGAGGGCUUGGGCUGGAUGGACAUGACCAUUUCUAAAGGAAAGAGGUGGAGCACAGCCAGUGCCUACCUGAGACCUGUCCUGGGUCGACCCAACCUGAAGACAGAGGUGCGCUGCCUGACUACCAAGAUCCUGUUUGAUGGCAACCGCGCUGUGGGUGUGGAAUACACACAGAAAGGACAAAAGAAACGGGCGUUUGCAGAAAAAGAGGUGAUAUUAAGUGGCGGAGCCAUUAACUCCCCUCAGCUUCUCAUGCUGUCUGGGGUAGGAAACGCUGAUGACCUGAAGCAACUCGGCAUCCCUGUAGUUCAGCACUUACCAGGUGUUGGCAGUAACCUGCAGGAUCAUUUGGAGCUGUACGUCCAGCAGCAGUGCACUCAGCCCAUCACCCUGUACAAGGCCCAGAAACCUUUCCACAUGGUCAAGAUAGGCCUGGAGUGGCUCACAAUGUUCACCGGUUACGGAGCAACAGCCCACUUGGAGAGUGGAGGGUUCAUCCGCAGUCGGCCACAUGUCACACAUCCCGACAUUCAGUUUCACUUCCUACCCUCGCAGGUCAUUGACCACGGACGAGUUGCUUCCAAGAUUGAGGCAUAUCAGGUUCAUGUCGGACCAAUGAGAAGCACCAGUAUCGGCUGGAUGAAGCUGAAGAGCGCCAACCCUUUGGAUCACCCAAUUCUCCAGCCAAACUAUCUCUCCACUGAUAUUGAUGUGUGGGAGUUCAGGGAGUGUGUCAGACUCUCCAGAGAGAUAUUUGCCCAGAAGGCCUUCGACCCGUUCCGUGGUCCCGAAGUUCAGCCCGGUCCUCAGGUCCAAUCCGACGCCGACAUCGACGCUUUUGUCCGGCGAAAAGCUGACAGUGCCUACCACCCGUCCUGCACCUGCAAGAUGGGCUCGCCAUCCGACCCGAUGGCGGUCGUUGACUCGAACACGCGUGUUCUGGGUCUGGAGCGCCUGCGCGUGGUCGACGCCUCCAUCAUGCCCAGCGUUGUCAGCGGCAACCUGAAUGCUCCCACCAUCAUGAUUGCAGAGAAGGCUGCUGACAUCAUCAGAGGUCGCCCUCCUCUCGUCGACGCCGGGGUUCCCGUGUACCAACCGCCGACACUUGAUAAGCAGAGAUGAACUGAGAGAACGAGUAAAGGGUAAACAGUUCACCACACAAUCCGUCAUUAGACAACAACAGCAGUGAAGAGGUUCUGAUGAAUGAAUAAUGUGUGUUGUCUCUUCAACGCACCUGAUUUGCACACAAAAGCUAAUAUCAGUGUUAGAUGUUUAGGUUUACUGUAAAUAUGAAGGGCUGAUCUAUGCUAUCGUAAUCCAAGGCCAAAUACAGGGUUUACACGUAAAACGUAGGAUUAGGAAAGUCUCUGUCACUUCAUUAUUUUUUCAGUGAUGGGUUUUGGUCUAAUUUUCCAUUCCAAAUUACACGUCUUUACUAAUCUUCACCACAAAAUGACCAGUUGUAAAUCAGCUAGUCAUGCCGUGCUACCUUGAAUUCAUGAAGAAAAUGUUUUUCUCGCAUGCCUCCACAGAAAACGGCGAACAUAUUGAUUUGAGGAUUGAUCGGGGACUAAGUUUAAAAUGUAUUCGUAUACUGAAUAUACUACACAAGUUGUGAGAGAGUUUAUAAGUGGCAGUCUAAACAAUGUUUUCUUCAUGAAUUCAAGGUAAGACCACAUGACUGAUCGAUAUACAGGUUUAUUUUGUGGGUGCAGUAUUCCUGUAGAGCUAAUGUGAUGAACACUUCCCCUGCAUCAUUGCUCUAAUUUCAAAAAUGAUAGUCAGCUGUGUGCUGGCGCUCCACUAUGGUCCAACAUAGUUGCCGAGAAAAAUGCUGAGCAAUUACAGAGGCACUGUGAACAUAAUGGAAAAUUGCUCCUUGGAACAUUUGAACAAUAUUGGCUCGGCCUCACCUUGUUGACCAAUACAUCAACUCUGACAUGUUGGCAUAUGUGUCUUAGAAAGUACACGUCUUCAUAAGCCUUAUAAAAAUGAAAGCAAAGCCUUAAACCCUUCUUCCCAUUAAACUAACAGUGCUUAGAUCACAUUUCAUACCCACUCUGAGAUGAACCAUGGCAAGGUUUCAGGUUAGAUUCCACAGCUCAUUAACCAUUAAAAAUGGGUCUUUAGUUUCACAAUGGGAAGUUUUUUUAUGCCUGUCACAACACAACACUUAAGAGUGAAUCUUAAUGAAGCCAUUCAUGUCAGUCACAGUGGAGUGGAGUUCAUCAAGAGACAUGCAUUCGAUGAGAAGGAAUCUUUGCAUCAGUGCAGGAAACACACCUACUUUGAAACAUUAUGAAAGACUUACAGUAAGUAUUUACAGGUUUUUGGCAAUACGGGAAUACCACAACCCAGACAUUUUCAAGAAGGUGGGGAGGGAGACGGCACGGUCUAACCACUGUUUGGAAUCUUCAAACAAAUCCUGUUGUUAUGCAAAAAAGCAAACUGGCACAAGCAGCUCAGUCUGUUUCACUUUUCCAUGUUUUGGUGUGAUUAACGAUACGCUAGGGCACAUUAAUCUCAGUAUACACAGCUGCACAUAAACAGGAAUAAUAGUAGAACAUUCAUUUCAUUAGUCAUGUAAAGAGCUUAGUUGGAAUAUUGUCCUUUUCGCAAUAAGGGAAAAACCGGAAUAUUGUGCGCAUGUAAACAUAGUCAUGAUGAAGAUGAAGAUGAAGCUAAUAUGGAAGUGAGCGCAGCAUCAACAGCAACCUGCCUACGUUAUCACAGCUCACAGCUUUUAGUUUCCCUCUGGUUCAGGCCAGUCUGGUAGCUGUUUCAUCUCAGGAGCAAUACAUGCAAAUUACAGCUCAGCGUAUCUGGCUAGUGCAGAUCUUAUGUUUAAAUACUCUGAAGUUCUAGAAACUACAAAAAAAAAAAAAAAAAAAAAAGUUAAUUUUACUCGUGUUGAAUUUAUCAUGGAUGUUUACAAAGAAGCCAUUGAGGAUGAGUGUGUAUAACCAAUCAGAUAACACCAUCUGUGCCUGUGUGAUCAUUCAGUCCUGAUAUCAGUGAGUUACUGUGUGUGUGUGUACCGUAAUAACUGAUAAGGUGUGUUCGUUCAGUCCAGCCAAGACUCAUAGCACGUUUAUGUUGAGUAUAUUUUAGAAUUCACUGAUCAUCUCAAUUUAAAUUCACUUUAUUAUCAGCUGUUAUGCUGCUAGGUGCUAGAAUGAAACAUGAUUGUGUCUUACGUAGCUUUGCACUACUCUAUGAAGUAUCUUCAUGACAGUGAAAAUUAUUGUUUACAUUAUACGCAGCGUUGUACAGUACUGCUCCAAUGUUUAAAUCAUUAGUGUCUUAAUGAAGGAGUAACUCGUGGAUCAUAAAGGGAAAAUGUUUAUGAAAAAUCUUGCGUGUUUUAUGUUUGCAUGUUUUGAUGUUUUCUUGUACUGAUUGUAAACAAACACUAGAAGCCGUCCUGACCUUGUCCUCGUGACUUUAUUCAGUGGUCCUUACAAAAAUCCUCAGCAGGUUCAUUGUCAAGAAUUCAAAUGUACAAAAUGGGGUUUUUGUUUCCCAGCGGUACAAAAUCUAUAAGGUACUAGUACUUCUGCUACAAAGUGGAUAGAGCUAUUUUUUUUUAAAUUUCCAUACAACAAAUGGGUAGAAAGCAGAAAUCUUUAUCACUCACUUUUUACAAACACUGUACAGAUUGUACACAUUGUCGGUUUUAUAGACAUCUGUAAAGCAGUGGAACAGUACAAAAAAUAAAGCUGUCAGUUGCACAACAAAGUUUUGAGUUGGUUUCUCUUCAUUUGAUGAAAGUCUAAAUUUGGAUGCAUUUGGAAAUUCGUACUGUGAAUAAGCAGGUGAUUUUUUUCUGAUGUUGUCGGCUGUCACUGAGUUUCUGACAUUUUGUGAGCCAAAAGGUUUGGUUUUAAUGACUUGGACCACACAAUGUUGUGCACUGUUGGCCAUCAAUUCUAAUUUAUUAAAUCCAAUCAGUGAUGACAUUGAAUGACUUAUUCAUUUUUAAUUAAAAAAUGGGUUUGAUCUAGUAAUUAGUAUCAGUUUCUCCCAUCAGGGACACCAUCACAGGUUUGAUCCCCACAACAACCAGUGUCUAUUUGUCUGUGCGAGACGCUGCAGCCCUGCGUUCUCAUCACCUGUGGCAAAUAUACAGAUUUCUGCGUACAGCAUGUGUGUAAUAUGGCUUCUCUUAAUUACUCUAAAAUAUGUAUUUCAAAGUCAGUACAAUCCAAAACAGUAAAAUAGAAGCUCUGUCUGUAUUCACACAAAAUUAAGAGAUUUUAAAGAGGUAAUUGUGUCACUCUGGAUUCUUUUCUGAUGUCACAUUUUGCUGCUACACAUUUACAGUCAAACAGUUUUUGGAGGUGUUAACCAAUCAGAACUCAGAAUUUUAAUUCCCAUCAGUCACCGCAGACUGGUAUUUACAUUAUUACGACUUUAAAUAUCUUUCUUUCUCCAUUUUGUGCAAAUGCAGCCUUUUGCCAAGGUUUUCCUGACUCGUGAACCUACACACCCCGAAAGUUACAGAA